UAUUUCUAAUCAUAAGUUAGGUUACAGAGGAUGUUGGUAAAGUUUUGUAAGAAAGAGAGGUUGAUCAGUUAUUCAGUCUAUUUCAAAGUCUAUAUAAUGAUAUAAAUUGGAAUUAUGGUGGAAAACAAGAACAAUAUAUCACAAAAUUCAAAAGGCUUAACUUUUGAGAAUAAAUUAAUUUUAGCCCCUAUGGUUAGGGUUGGUACAUUACCAAUGAGAUUACUUGCUUUAGAAUAUGGUGCCGAUAUUGUGUAUUCUGAAGAAUUGGUCGAUUGGAAAUUUUUAAAAUCAUUUCGAAGAGUGAAUGAUGUUCUGGAUACAAUUGAUUAUUUGGAUUCCAGUGAUGGAACUGUGGUUUUUCGUACAUGUGAAAAAGAAAGAAGCAGAGUUGUUGUACAAUUAGGAACUAGCGAUCCUAUACGGGCCUUGAAAGUAGCAAAAUUGAUAGAAAACGAUGUAGCAGCUAUUGACAUUAACAUGGGCUGCCCCAAAGAAUUUUCUCUCAAAGGUGGAAUGGGUGCAGCUCUCCUGACCCAACCAGAAAAGGCAAAAAGCAUCCUGUCAACGCUAGUACAAAAUAUAAACAUUCCGGUAACUUGUAAAAUAAGGGUUUUCGAAAGUAUUGAUGAUACUUUAAAUUUAGUUAAAGAUUUGGCAUCGACCGGAAUAUCAGCAAUAGCUGUCCAUGGAAGAACAAGAGUAGAAAGACCACAACAUCCCAACAGAUGUGAAACCAUUAAAAAAAUUGCGGAAUCCCUAGAUAUUCCUGUCAUAGCCAAUGGAGGUUCGAGAGAAAUAGAAAAUUACAAUGAUAUAUUUAAAUUCAAAGAAGAAUGUGGGAGCAGUAGUGUUAUGAUCGCAAGGACAGCUGAAGGCAACUGUUCAAUAUUUAGGAAAGACGGCCUAAAACAUUUAGAAGAUGUUAUAAAGGACUAUUUGAAACUGGCUGUGGAUUACGAUAAUUCCCCUAGUAACACGAAAUAUUGUGUUCAAAAUAUGUUGAAAGAGUUACAGGAGACACCUAGAGGAAAAAGAUUUUUGGAAUGUCAAACGCUGGAACAAAUAUGCAAAAUUUGGGAUUUGGGAAAUUAUUGCCGCCAAAAGCAAUUAGAAUACCACUCUAAAGGCAUUUUGAAUCGUAGAGAAAUAACUCCGGAUUUUCUUGACCCGAAAAGAAAUAAACGAAAAGCUGACUAUGAUAGUGAACCAAUAGAUGUCGUAAUGAAAUGUGCCUUCAUUCGGGUGAACUACAGCGCUGAUCCGGACCUGCCAAAAUCAAGACUGAUAACAUACUGUGGAAAGAAAAAGUUGAAAGUGCCCAAGUACACAAUUUUUAACGAAAACAAACUAUUCAGGGCAGUGGCUUUAUUAGAUGGAAAGACAUAUAGCUCAUCAUUUUGGGAAAAAAAUAAAAAAUUUGCUGAACAAGGAGCUGCUUUAGUGGCAUGCGUGUCACUUGGACUAAUCGCUAAAGAAAUGUUAAUUAAAGACGGUAGCAUGGUAGAGUAGAUUUUUCUUUCGAUGGAACCGUUGCCGAGAUUUUAUCUCUUGAUGAUUCUAGUCAAAGUGCGAUCAUAGUUGCUAAACAUGGAAUGGCAGUAAGGAAUAGAACUCUAACCAAACUUCAAUGAAAUACUAAUGCCUUUUUUAUCGAAUAGACAACUUCUAAUAAAAAAUGUACAUCUUUUCGUGAAACGUGUCAAAAUAUAUGAAAUUGAACACUU